AAGAUAUUGUUGGAUACUUGGAAUUUUCAGGUCUUUAUAAAUUUUCUGAAGUAUUAUAAAAACGAUAGUAUUUAACAAAUUACGAUUUAUAAAAUUGAACUUUAUUUUCGAUUUUAUGGGCUUGCUUACAUGUGAGCCACCUUUGCCGCGACCGCGUAUAUAGCAUUCCGAAAAGUUAGGUUAGCAUGAUUUGAUGGCGUUUGUAGGCAUGUUAGAAGGAACUUGACGCCAAAAUUCCGAUCGCGAUAUACUAGAGUUCAUAUUUAAAUUAUUUUUAGAGAAAGGGCAAGAAGUAGUUAUUAGAGUCUCAAACACACAUACAUCAUGGAUAUUCGGCCAAACAACACUAUUUACAUAAAUAAUUUAAACGAAAAGAUCAAGAAAGAUGAACUCAAGAAGUCAUUAUAUGCCAUAUUUUCACAGUUUGGUCAAAUCUUAGACAUAGUAGCAUUAAAAACUCUCAAAAUGCGUGGUCAAGCUUUUGUGAUUUUCAAGGAAAUCGCUAGUGCAACAAAUGCUCUUAGGUCUAUGCAAGGUUUCCCAUUUUAUGACAAACCAAUGCGAAUAAACUAUUCUAAAACAGACAGUGAUAUUAUUGCAAAAAUGAAGGGCACCUUUACGGAAAGGCCAAAGAAACCAAAGAGAGUUAUACCAGCAGCCGACGAAGAAGCAAAGAAAGCCAAAAAGAGGGCAAAGGAACAAGCUAAGCAACAACAAAUGGGUUACACGCCUGGAGCUGCUCAACACGCUGGCAUGGCUAAUGCAGCUGUUCCAGAGCAACCUCCAAAUCAAAUUCUUUUCCUUACAAACUUACCAGACGAAACCAGCGAAAUGAUGUUGUCCAUGCUGUUCAAUCAAUUCCCAGGCUUCAAAGAAGUAAGAUUGGUUCCAAAUCGACACGACAUUGCCUUCGUAGAGUUUGAAAAUGAAGUUCAAUCCGGAGCUGCUAAAGACGCGCUUCAAGGUUUCAAGAUCACGCCGUCUCACGCAAUGAAAAUAUCGUUCGCCAAGAAGUAAUUAUUCUAAUGAUAAUUAUCUAUACAUUUAAGAAAGAUCGUGUUUUGAGAGGAAAACAAUUCUUGGAGCAUUUAGUAAUACUGGUGCCGUGAUUUCACCGUGUACAAAUUUCUAAAAGUAAUUGCUGCUGCAAUAAUACAAAUGAAUUUAAUAAAAUUGAAUAUUUAAUUAUUCAUUAGUUUUUUUUUAUAACUAGCAACAUGUAUAAAUUAGGUAACUAAGGAAACCUAGAUAAUGUCAGAUUCAUUUACCUACAAAUACUUGAAAAUAAUUUUGUAACACUUCAUAAUUAACAUAUAGUGUAUAUGAGAAUGAAUGGAUCAUAUUCAAAAAUGAAUCAUGAUCACGAGAUAUAUGUACAACAUUUUAAACAAUAAAGAAGAACAUUGAUAAAGA